AUGCUCCUAUAUUCAUGCAUAUAUUUGGCUCGAGUGACGUCUGCAUCGGAGUCUUACAAUGUACAUCCUGUUUUGGCAAUAAAUAUGAUUUUUGCCUUAGUCUAUGCAAGUUUAUCUUUUUAUCAGAUAAUAAUAUCCACAUUAUUGUUGUGGCAGUUUCUAAAGGUAAAACAAAACAUAUUCCUAUAUUCUCUAUGGUACGUGUCACAUUUGUCGAUACUGACGUUUUAUGCCAUCCUCUUUACCGCCAAAAUC